AUGGUCCAGGAUGCUCUAUUGUCUGGUAAUUUGUUUAUAUUGCUGAUAUACGAGCAGCAGAGAUACUGGCCCCGAAAGGGAGCACCAUCUGGUUUUUAUUCCACCAAACAAUGUAUCGUACUUUCUACGAACCCAGAUUCGCUGGUUUCGCUUAGCGGGGACGGAAAGCAGGCUUCGCUUCAACCUCAGUUCAUGAUCAAUCUUCUGAAUGGUGUACUGUCGAAAGUGAAGAACGAGCUACAUCAGCAGGGCUUGGGUAUUAAUCUGGACCCCGUCGGACAGCCAAUCGACUUUUCGGCGCGACCGGUUGAUCCAAUUUUUCGCAAAGCUCGUGAACAGCUGGAGAAUAGCCGUGGCUACGUUGAUACUACAUCAAACCAGUCAACCCAAACGACUAAUCCAGGGAGCCGUCGCUCAUCAUCUUGUUCAGUUAAUGAUGCGAAAGUUGCCCGUUUGACUUCAAGGCGCGUACAAGCGGCUACAAUUGGUGACAAUAUCCUGGAUGUACCACUUUCGCAAGCAGUCAGUGAUGAUUUACAGCAACCUCCCAAAUCUUUCACAAAAGAGAGUGAAUUUCCGAAUGAGAAAAAAGCCGAGUCAGAAAAGAAGUCUGAGGAAAAUCAGCCACCGAAUAAGCAGUCAAAGCUCGAUGCAGAAGGAUGUGACAAAGAGAUACUCAUUGACUGA